UACUGAGCGGCAGAGGCGGGGCCGGCUGUUGGCGCUGUCAAGCCGAGCGCGCGAGGGGCGGCGGAGAACACCGAAGAGGCGCUGGCAGGAACUUGCCUGUUGCUGCAGGACAAAAAUGUUUCACUUAAGGACUUGUGCUAGUAAACUAAGGCCAUUGACUGCCUCACAGACUAUUAAGACAGUUUCUCUAAACAAACCAGCAGCAGCACCAAGGACGUUUCAACAGAUCAGGUGCUACAGUGCACCUGUUGCUGCUGAGCCAUUUUUGAGUGGGACUAGUUCAAAUUAUGUGGAGGAAAUGUACUUUGCUUGGUUGGAAAAUCCAAAAAGUGUACAUAAGUCAUGGGACAUAUUCUUUCGCAAUGCCAAUGCUGGAGCUGCUCCAGGUACUGCUUACCAAAGCCCCCCUCCGUUAAAUACCAGCCUAUCAACUCUGGCACAUGCACAGUCUCUGGUUCAAGCACAGCCAAAUGUAGAUAAGCUGGUGGAAGAUCAUCUUGCAGUCCAAUCACUUAUCAGGGCAUAUCAGAUUCGAGGGCAUCAUGUAGCCCAGCUCGAUCCAUUGGGCAUCUUGGAUGCUGAUCUGGACUCUUCCGUUCCAGCUGAUAUUAUCAGUUCCGCAGACAAACUGGAUCUUGCUGUAUUCAAGGAGCGGCUGAGAGUGCUAACAGUAGGAGGGUUUUAUGGCCUGGAUGAAUCGGACCUCGACAAAGUCUUUCACUUGCCAACUACAACUUUCAUUGGAGGAAAUGAGUCCGCUCUUCCACUUCGGGAAAUAAUCCGCCGUUUGGAGAUGGCUUACUGUCAGCACAUUGGAGUAGAAUUCAUGUUUAUUAAUGAUCUUGAACAAUGUCAGUGGAUAAGGCAGAAAUUUGAAACACCUGGUAUCAUGCAAUUCUCCAGUGAGGAGAAGCGCACCCUGCUGGCCAGACUAGUGCGUUCAACCAGGUUUGAGGAGUUCCUGCACAGAAAGUGGUCUUCUGAGAAACGGUUUGGCUUGGAAGGCUGUGAGGUUCUGAUUCCUGCUUUAAAGACAAUAAUUGACAAGUCAAGUGAGAAAGGAGUGGAUUAUGUUAUCAUGGGAAUGCCUCACAGAGGGCGUCUGAAUGUUCUUGCCAAUGUUAUCAGAAAGGAGUUGGAACAAAUUUUCUGCCAGUUUGAUUCUAAACUAGAAGCUGCAGAUGAAGGCUCAGGGGAUGUAAAGUACCAUUUGGGAAUGUAUCACCGAAGGAUUAACCGUGUCACUGACAGGACCAUCACUCUUUCACUGGUUGCAAAUCCUUCUCAUUUGGAGGCUGCUGAUCCUGUUGUUCAAGGCAAAACAAAGGCAGAACAAUUUUACUGUGGGGACACUGAAGGAAAGAAAGUGAUGUCAAUCCUUCUGCAUGGAGAUGCUGCUUUUGCUGGUCAAGGGAUUGUUUACGAGACUUUCCAUUUGAGUGACCUGCCUUCCUAUACAACAUAUGGGACAGUUCAUGUGGUGGUGAACAAUCAGAUUGGAUUCACUACCGAUCCUCGUAUGGCCCGUUCUUCCCCAUACCCAACAGAUGUGGCUCGUGUGGUUAAUGCACCCAUUUUCCAUGUCAAUGCUGAUGAUCCAGAGGCUGUGGUAUAUGUGUGCAACGUGGCAGCUGAAUGGAGAAGUACUUUCCACAAAGAUGUAGUUGUGGAUCUGGUGUGCUACAGACGAAAUGGGCAUAAUGAAAUGGACGAGCCAAUGUUCACUCAGCCAUUGAUGUACAAGCAGAUCCGAAAACAGAAAGCUGUGCUCCAGAAGUAUGCUGAGACACUGAUUUCACAAGGAGUAGUAAAUCAACCAGAAUAUGAGGAGGAAAUUUCCAAGUAUGACAAAAUCUGUGAAGAGGCUCAUGCCAGAUCCAAGGAUGAAAAAAUCCUUCACAUCAAGCAUUGGUUAGACUCUCCAUGGCCUGGUUUCUUCACUCUGGAUGGCCAACCUCGGAGCAUGACUUGUCCUUCUACCGGCUUGACUGAAGAAGAUUUGGUCCAUAUCGGAAAGGUGGCCAGCUCAGUUCCUGUUGAAAAUUUUACCAUUCAUGGGGGUUUAAGCAGGAUUCUAAAAACACGAGGAGAGAUGGUUGCCAAUAGGACUGUAGACUGGGCCUUAGCAGAGUAUAUGGCAUUUGGCUCUCUUCUUAAAGAAGGAAUCCAUAUUCGGCUGAGUGGACAAGAUGUUGAAAGAGGAACAUUCAGCCAUCGGCAUCAUGUCUUGCAUGAUCAGAAUGUUGACAAGAGAACCUGUAUUCCCAUGAAUCAUCUAUGGCCAAAUCAAGCUCCUUACACUGUCUGCAAUAGUUCUCUCUCAGAAUAUGGAGUCUUAGGAUUUGAGCUGGGCUUUGCUAUGGCCAGUCCCAAUGCUUUGGUGGUUUGGGAAGCUCAGUUUGGCGACUUCCACAAUACAGCUCAGUGUAUCAUCGACCAGUUCAUCUGCUCUGGGCAGGCCAAAUGGGUGAGGCAGAAUGGCAUUGUACUUCUUCUUCCCCAUGGCAUGGAGGGCAUGGGCCCUGAGCAUUCUUCUGCUCGACCAGAACGAUUCUUACAAAUGUGCAAUGAUGAUCCAGAUGUCUUCCCGAAACUAGACGACUUUGAUGUGCGCCAACUGUACGACUGCAAUUGGAUUGUCGUAAACUGCUCCACUCCAGCAAACUUUUUCCACGUUAUGCGGAGACAGAUACUUCUCCCCUUCCGGAAACCACUGAUAGUCUUCACUCCAAAGUCCUUGUUGCGUCACCCUGAAGCUCGGUCCAGUUUUGAUGAAAUGCUGGCAGGCACCCAUUUCCAACGUGUCAUCCCAGACACUAGUCUGGUAGCACAGAAUCCAGAACAAGUCAAACGAGUUCUCUUCUGCACUGGUAAACUUUAUUAUGAACUUAUUCGAGAGCGGAAGACACGGAAUAUGGAAGCAGAUGUGGCCAUCACAAGGGUAGAGCAGCUGUCACCAUUCCCUUUUGACCUCCUGCUGAAGGAAUUCCAUAAAUACCCCAAUGCAGACCUAGCUUGGUGUCAAGAAGAGCACAAAAACCAAGGAUAUUAUGAUUACGUGAAGCCUAGACUCCGCACAACCAUUGACCGUGCAAAGCCAGUGUGGUAUGCUGGGCGAGAACCUGCUGCUGCCCCGGCAACAGGCAACAAAAAGAAUCAUUUGACCGAACUGCAACGCUUGCUGGACACGGCCUUCAACCUCGACUCUUUCAAGGACUUGUCUUAGAUACAUCUGGACCUUAGUUCUGUCCCAACACCCUGUGUUUGUGGUGUUUCUAUCUAUCAUUUCCUUUCUGUGUCUUUAACUAUAGACCUUGUAAACUAAUUUAAGGAGCUUGUUAUUAACCUCUUCCUGCUGUUAAAAGAAGUGCCCCAUCAAAACAAUUCCUGUCUGAAUAUUUGUGUUAGGGUUUCUGAGGGUUGCUGCAGCUCAGAUCUUCUGGAGCAGUGUGGGUUCACUCCUGCACAAACCCCUGGGGCUUACCUUGCUCCACUGCUCCAGGAUGAGAGCUUCAAAGGGACUAAUAUUGGCCUUCCAAAGGAACCUCUGUAGUGAAUGGUUUCUAGUUAAUGCCUGAUUCUUGACUUUAAUCCCAAAAUUAAUCUGGAGUUGGCACUGCUUUUUGACAAAUUAUUACUUUUAUCCCCCGUUGCACUACUCAAGGUGCAUGUGAUCUGGUAUUGCACUUGAAUUCAGUGACAAUAUCACCGUUCAACAAUAUCUUACAUCUCUGACACUGAAAAUCCUGGGCUCACACUGUUUAACUGCUGUUGUUUAACAAUUAGCAUUGUCUUCACUAGGUGUACCUCUUUGAGGAUAUUUUAUGGAAAUCUUGUUUCUUUUCAUGAAGGAAGCAAGAUAAAUCUGCAAGGCACAGACUCAGGUGCUUGUUUUAUCAAAUUAACUCUUACUAAUUCAAAUUACAUCCUGGAUGAAGGCCUGUUUGAAUCUUAGCAUCUAACACAUCUUUUUUUACAUGGUCACCAUAACCAUAACUAUAUGGACCUUCAGCUUCACCUAGCUUUUGGCUCUGACUCUCUUCAUAUCUAGAAAUGAACACACCUAAAAAUUCUGAAAAUUCAUUGGGUUCUCAUGUCGCUGCUAAGAAACUUAGCUCUCUCUUUGCUUUGUCAUUCUAUACACUAGUAAAAGUUGCUUCAUUAGAGAUUCUGCUCUGUCUCUUGAGCAGAAAUCUUUCCCCACCUCUAAUAUUCAUAGUACCCAUUUCCCCCUGAAUUUUAAGCAAAAGUGUGUAACCUUUGUUUUACACUCAUUUAAUUUAGAAGAUAUAAUUCUUUCACAGCAUUUACUUAGGGGUUUAACAAUAUUUUAAGAAGUACUUGUGUAUAUGGGAGUGACAAAUUUUAAAAGUCUGAAAAUCCAUUUUUGGCCUGUAUAAUUCUUUAAUUUGAACAUAGUUGGAUCAUAAUUUGUGUCAUGCCAUUGAUAUAUAGUCACAAUUUUUCAGCCAUGGUUUCUAGUAUGCACAAGGUUUUCUGUGCAUAUGGAUACAUGGGUCAAUACACAUACACAUGUUAUUUGCUGACAUAUUUAUACUUAAGGUACUUUAAGUAUUAUGGGCAUAAACUGUAAGCAGAGGUUAGAUAGUGUGCCCUUCUGAUUGGGGAAACAACUCAUAUUGUCUUACAUUUCUGAAGGGUGAAAUCAGGUACACUUGAGAGCUUAAAGAAGUUGGGAAGUAGUUCCCAACAUCCAUUCUGUGAGUGUCCCCAGUUUGAUUGAUCCCUGUCUUGUGUCUUUUGGAGGUUUCCCAGGCACUGAGUUUCCUUGGCUUUUCAGCACAUACUUUUCUAUCUAAAACAAGAUUCUCAAGGUAGUGGCCUUCUAAGAGCAUUUAAAGAUUCCACCUAAACCUAAAAAUUCUACUUAAUUGAAACACACAAUGGAACAUUUAGAUUGGCUUUACUUGUGCUAGUAUUUCCUCUCAUUCACCUAAAGUCCAGAGCUCAAGAAACAUCACUGGGCAACAUAAGCACACAUAUCCUUUGUGGCAGGGACUGCUGCUGCGCACCUUUUACCCAUUCAGGAACUGAAGGUGGCUUCUAGGUAACUGUUGUUGGCCUACAAUAAAAUGUACCUCACUGCUUUGGCUGAGGACAACAGCAGAAGACAUUCUUAGCCAAAGAUGUUCUCCUGUAUCCAGUAGUGCCCGCUCUGGACUUGACAUUUGUUUUAAUUUUUCAUUCUAUCUGUGUUCUGCUUUGACCUCCUGAGGUCCUCUGCUACAUCAGCGUUCCAUACCUCCAGCAAUACACGGAUAGGCUAGGUUAAGGAAUAGCAGAGAAGAGCUGUAUUCUUGUCAGCUCCAGAACACUUCUGAAUCAUUUUCAGGCCAUGCACAGUCCAGAAAAAAACAAGAGAUUCCUGGUUGCUGCUUUCAGUGCCAUAUAUCCAACAUGGGUUCCAUCUGGAUAAAUUCUGGGCAUGGCCCAAAAGGGCAGCUUCUGUCAUGCUACCUUUUGUGUGGGCUAUCAGCCACACAGAGAGAGUGAGCUACCUAAUGAAUAUGUAUCUGUGUUGCUUUGCUAGCGCAAACAACACAUUCCAAGCAAUUCCUAUUAUUGAGAUACUUAGGCUUUCAAGGCUGUGGUUGUAUGAUUACUCCAAGCAAUGGUGCAGUGUGUGCUCUUUUAGCUCUGCAAAAGGAGAAAGAAAAUAAAAAUGUUGGUGUGCCUAAUCUUUGCCAAAACUUAAGAGACUGGUGAGUGGGGAGGUUUGUCUGUUCUGGGCCAGUUCUGUUCUGGAUCUCCCCGUUAUCUCCCAGCCUGAUUUAUUUAUUUUGGUUUUAAAACAAAAUCAAACUGAGAUGUGUUUGGCUUAUACAAUAAAGCCUCAUCUUCUGGCUUAAAGUGUG